AUUAAUGCAACUCUGUCUGCUGUCACUUUGCUUUCUGCUUCUGCUACAACUUCAAGAUAAACUUGUAAAUGUGAUUUGUGAACAAGUUUCGAUUUUCACCUUUUAGGCAUGCAGAAAUAUUAUUUCUGCUGAUUAUUAUUAUGAGUGAUCUGUGUUUCAAGUAAACAUUAGUACGUUUUUUUUAAAAUGGCUAAAGAAGGAGAUAUGUCUUUGCUUAACGAUGUAUUGGAGCCGUUUAGGCGGGUUAUAAACACCGAUCCGCCAAAAGACAAAUUGUCGGCGUCUACGAAAUUAAUUUUUUCUGAUAGUAAUCAAUCAAUAAAAGAAGAUACACCUAAUUUACAUUCGCUGGGAAAAAGAAAAUCCGUCCUAAAUAUGAGCGCUCCAGAGACUCCUGAAAAGCGUAUGCGUUCGGACUCUACCUCUAAUACGGUAUCAGCACCACCUUCACCCUGGGAAGCAAAACGCCUUAAAAUAGACAUAAUUGCAGCUAAAGCUCAGAUUGCAAAGCUGGAAGCCCGCGUCAAUCAUCAACAUACAAUUCGGAAAGAAAUGCAAAUACUGUUUGAGGAGGAAAAGACAUCGCUCACUGAACAACAUAAAAGAGAUCAGCGAGCUGUCUCUGAAAUGGAGGAAAGAUUGCAGUUAAUAAGGAGAAGGGAACAAGAAUUAAAGGAUGAAUACAAUGAGGCAAUUAAACAGCACAUGGAAAAGAAAACCAAAUGGGAUAAAGAGAAGAAUGAGCUUCAAAAGCAAAUAGCUGAAUUGAAAGAUAAAUUAUUAGAAUCCAAUGUGAGUAGUAAAGAUCAAAUAUCGGAAAUGAAGAAAGAUAUGGAUGAAUUACUCCAGGCUUUAGAAGGUGCACAGCAAGAGGUGGAAAUGCUCAAAAAAGAGGUAACAAGGCAAACAUCCAGGGCCGAACAAUGUACAACACUACGGACACAGGUAGAAAAGCAAACAUUUGAGCUACAACAAGUUACAAGCAAGCUAAAGGAGAUAGAGUAUGAAAGAGAUUCAUAUAAAGACUGGCAGCAACAGGCAAAAACGGCACAAAAACGUUUAACAAAUAUGGCAGAAUUAGAAAAAGAAGUGAUUCGCCUAAGAGCAGCAGAACGGAAUCUUCGUGAUGCUGUCUGCAAUAAGCUUUUGCUCGAAGAACAGGUGAAUCUACUCACUACGAAGGUCGAGACAUUACAGCCGAUGCAGCAGCAGUUACAUGAGGCAACAGUAAAAAUAGCUGCUUUAGAAUCAUCACUGGAAGAAUGGACGACUGCAGCAAAGAAUCACGGUAUUGAAACAUCUCGAGCACUGUCUUCUGCUCUGGAUUCAGCACUAAGCAGUCAGCUAAAUGCAGUUGCAGGAUGCUCUGAGGCACAGUCGAUCCUUGCACAGCAUACUGAGGAACUAGCGACACUUAAAUUUGAGCGCGACAAGAUCAACACUAAGCUCAAUGAUUUGCAAAUUGUGCGCAAGAACCAAGAGAGUCUCAUACACCGGUUGCAGAAACGACUAUUACUGGUCACGAGAGAACGAGAUAGCUAUAGACAGCAGCUGGACAGCUACGAGCGCGAGCUGACGGUGUCGCUGAGCGGCGAGGGCGCGGGCGGCGCGGCGCUGCUGGCGGCGCGCGUGGAGCAGCUGGAGAAGGCGCUGCAGGCCUACCGCGACCUGCUGGCGCACCACGACCACGAGCCCGCCGCCAAGGCAUUAGAGAGCGCACGCGCUGAAAUAAAUAAAUACCGUGACGAGGCGGAAGCAGCGAAACGAGAUGUCAUAAAGCUGCGAGCUCAGCGGGACCAGUUACAAGCUCAUUUGGAAAAGCUUGCCGCACCUACUAAAGUUCUUCAUUUAGCUGAUAAUCCAGCAGCAGCUGCCCACAAGCAGAUGCAAGUAGAUUUGGAAUCGGCACAGGAAGAGAUUAAAAAGCUGAAGACUGCACUUCGCGAAGGUGGAUCUCGCGCUUGUCCUGAAGAAAUGCAACAAUUAAAAACUCAACUGGAAAAUAGUCGAAUUAAAUUGCAGAGAAUGAAAGAAGAAUUUACUUCUUCUGCUCAAGAAUACCGAGAUGUAUGUUACAUGCUUCUGGGUUAUAAAAUAGAUAGGACCGGUCAUAAGAAUUAUAGGAUAUCAAAUAUGUAUGCUGAAUCAUCAGAUGAAUACCUAACAUUUACCCUAUGUGAUGACGGUAUAGAAAUGGUACAUACUGAAUAUUCUGCAUCUUUGGGUGAGCUGGUGGAACUGCAUCUACAUCAUCACCGUUCCAUACCACUGUUUCUCAGUGCCUUGACGAUGGAAUUGUUCACCCGGACCACUAUGCAACAAGAAGUUCAGGAGUGUUAAGUGAAUGGUGAAAGACAAUGUGUACAAGAAAAGUAUUUUUGACUUAACUGAUGUAUAGUGCUGACUAGUGAAAUUGAAUUGUGUGAUUUUGGAGCUUAAAAAAGUGGUUGUGGAUCAUGUUUUCUAUCUCUAUGUGUUACAACAAGGCAUAAAGCUGAUUGCUUACAUAUAUAGUUUCAUAAUAGAAUAAAAUUUCAAUAAAAGCAAGUUUGAUUCAUUAUCUUCAUAAUCUAAAUGAAGUAUGUUGUGCAAAUCGACAUGUAAAUAUGCUGUAAUGAUUUUUUAAAACACCAUCUAUGUAUCUGUAAUAUUGUAUAUGAAAACAUAUCUUAAUUGCACAAAUAAUCUCAAGAAUACGCAUCACAUAGUCUACUUUAAACAAAGAUUUCAAAAUAUUUAUGUUGUUAUAAAUAAUGUAUCAUUUUGAUCUUAUAUUAACAGAAAUUUUUCUUUGAAACUAUGUGCAGGGAGCCAAUUCUACUAAAAAUUUUCACUUUAUUGCUUAA